AUGUGUCUGUUUCACAAAAACGAAAAGAAGAACAGUGCCCUUCAAUUUAGAACAAAAUACAUAUAUUUUUAUUUGAAAAAAAUUAAACAUCCAGCAGUGAACGAGAUGGAUUUAUUUGAAGAUCUACCGGAACCGGCACAGCUUACUGCAGGAAACCAGGUUGCCAGACCAGCUCCUUCCCUUUUUGAUGAUCUGCCCCCUGCAAACACUUCGGCCUCAACACCAGCACCUUCUCUCUUUGACGAACUGCCCCCUGCAAGAGAUUCAGCAGUCCCAGCCCCUGAACUCAGCUCCAGAGAUGGGGGCAAGACAGAAAAAAGGAAGGCACAUGGAGAGGAUGGCGCCAAAGACCAAGAGCUAGUGGAAAAGAAAGUUUGUAAAGGCGCCCCCAGGCUCAAGGGUUUUGUGGCAGCUAGGAAGGGGGAGAGGGAGGAUAUGCAGGAUGCACAUGUUCUACUAAACGACUUUUCUGCUGAGGUCUCUCCUCUUCCAGCCAGCGUCUCUCGUCUCUCCUACUUUGCUGUUUUUGACGGUCAUGGUGGCGCCCGGGCAUCUAGAUUCGCAGCGCAGAAUCUCCACCUCAACCUCGCCCGCAAGUUUCCCAAAGGUGAUGUGAGCAACAUGGAGAAAAUGGUGAAAAAGUCUCUCUUGGACUCCUUCAAACAAACUGACGAUGAUUUUCUGAAACACGCAUCAAGCCAGAAACCUGCAUGGAAGGAUGGUUCCACGGCAACCUGUGUGCUGGUGGUGGAUGACGUGCUGUUUAUCGCAAAUCUGGGAGACAGCAGGGCAGUGCUGUGCCGGGCCAGUGGGGAGGACAGUAAGAAGAUGAGCACUCUGGCCCUGAGCAAGGAGCACAACCCUACUCAGUAUGAGGAGAGGAUUAGGAUACAGAGGGCAGGGGGCACCGUCAGGGACGGUCGGGUGCUGGGUGUGCUGGAGGUUUCUCGCUCACUCGGAGACGGACAGUACAAGCGCUGUGGUGUGAUCUCCACCCCCCACCUGCGCCGCUGCCAGCUCACUCCUAACGACAGGUUCCUCCUCCUGGCCUGUGAUGGGCUCUUCAAGGUGUUUUCUCCGGAGGAAGCUGUGAGUUUCGUGGUGCCCAUUCUGGAGGAGGAGACGUUGGAGCAGAAAGAAGGGAAGACCCUGCAGGAUGCUCGGUUUGAGACUGCGUGUAGCCGCUUAGCGAACGAGGCUGUGAGGCGAGGCUGUGCUGACAACGUCACCGUUCUCCUGGUCAACAUUGAGCACUGAGGAUCCAGGAACCCCUCAUUGCAUUGGCUUAUUGCUCUGUGCUCAUUCCUCAAUGAGGUGUACAAGGGCGCUCUGGAUCGCAAUCCCCCAGUGUACCCUCAGACUGGGAGGCCAGAGGCCGUCUGAGCCUGGGAGAGAUCACUGGCUGCCAUAGACUAGCACUCGCUAAUGGACAUCUGGUAGUGUGAACCAUUUGGAAUUAAAGUUGUUUUGUUUUACUAAAAGAGCAUCUUUCUUUUUGUUAGCCUCAUAACAGGUCUUAGAAGAGUGACAGUAAAGUACCAAGGUUUCGUUCUUUUGGACUGUUCCAUCCCAGGUUUAACAGGUACAAUUAAUUUAGGGUUAUUGUUUAGCUCAGCUUUUUAUUUCUUAACAUUAAAACAUUUCUGAAGCCGCACCCUAUAAGAAGCCCCUUAGUAUUGUCAGUUUUAAGUUGUUGGAAUAGUUCACUGAUCUCACUGUGAGUGUGUAUUUCAGCACAUUCAAGCAAAGCAAUUUCUGAGGUGCUUUAUGUUCAGAUCUGUCACCAGGAAUAUACAUAUCCUGGGUUUUUCUGCAGUAAAAAAUGCAUCUCUUAAUCUCAGCUCAGUCUGUGGUUAGCAGGCGUAUGAAGAGCACAUUGCAGUACACUCAGAGAUCCACUCUUGUGAUCUCAGCCCCCUCCCUUGUCUGGCUGUAGAGGAAGGUGGGAGCUGUGUGUGGUGUCUCAGGGUGAUAACACAGGCAGAUUCCCCACUGA